CUUCCCUCUUUUUAAAACCUCCCUAAAAAAAAGAUACUACCCCGAAGAUGUCAAAAUAAAACACGAGCACAGUGCCCAUCCCCUCCGCUCCCCCCUCCCCCCUCCGCCUCCCCGCGCUCGAAUCCUCUGCGGUUAACAAUGGACGCGCAGUACAACCCCAGGACGGUGGAGGAGGUCUUCCGGGACUACAAGGGCCGCCGCAACGGCCUCGCCCGCGCGCUCACCACCGAUGUGGAGGAGUUCUUCCGGCAAUGCGACCCGGAAAAAGAAAAUUUGUGCCUUUAUGGGUUUCCCAAUGAGCAUUGGGAAGUAAACUUACCUGCUGAAGAAGUGCCACCUGAGCUCCCAGAGCCAGCAUUGGGCAUCAACUUUGCACGAGAUGGAAUGCAGGAAAAAGAUUGGCUAUCCAUGGUUGCAGUACACAGCGACGCAUGGUUACUAUCUGUUGCAUUCUACUUUGGUGCUCGAUUCGGAUUUGAUAAAAGUGACAGGAAGCGCCUGUUUGGUAUGAUUAAUGAGCUUCCCACGAUUUUUGAUGUUGUUAGUGGGAAGAGUAAAACCAAGGCUCCGACCAACAAUAACCACAGCAAUAGCAAAUCCAAGUCCAACAAUAAAAUGCAGAAAACCUCGGAGCCUCGGGCGAAGCAGCCCAAGCCCCAGCUGAAGGAGGAAGAUCACGAGGACGAAGCCCCUGAUGCGGGCGAGGAUGGUGGAGGCGCCGCUGGUGGUGGUGGUGGCGGAGAAGAGCACGGCGAUACGCUGUGCGGCGCGUGUGGGGACAACUACGGGCAGGACGAGUUCUGGAUCGGCUGCGACAUGUGCGAGAAGUGGUUCCACGGCAAGUGUGUCAAGAUCACGCCGGCCAAGGCGGAGCACAUCAAGCAGUACAAGUGCCCGUCGUGCAUGGGCGCCAACGGCGGCGGCAGCGGCAGCAACAAGCGGGCGCGCCCGUCCUCCUAAGGCCGCCGCCGUCAUCCGGCGAGGGGCGACCGACCGGCCUCGCCGCGUAGUAGGACUGAGCUCUUAUUGCAGUCGCUGUAACAAAAGUUUCCAGGCGUCAAGGCGCGUGCCCUUAAGAGGGCUUGUAAAAUGUAACUUUAUUAAUCUGGCUUCGAGUAGAGGAUUCUUCUUAUUUUAGCUGGGACGAAUGUGGAUUUGAUAUCUGUUGUAUUAUACUAUUAUUAAAUUCAUAGUUCAACGAUGAUUGUUUA